AUGCACGCCUUCCUCUCCCUCAACGACGAUGUUCUGCACGAGAUCCUGAGUCAUCUCUCCCAGCGUGACACGGGCAAUGUUGCUACCUCCACCAAGCAACCACGUGCACUUGCAUUCGACUCCUCCGACUCUUUCCCGCUUCCCACUCUGCCACCCAAUUGUGCUAAACGUGCGGAACCUCAAGCUGGUGAUGUGGCGGAGGUCACGUCGCGCGACUUGGAGAUCUUUGGUCCCACGGACGACGUUCUGACGCAGCUGGAGACCGUCGACGGGAUGCGCAGCCUCGAGUGGGACGUCGUCUCAGGUUGGCACGCCCAGCGGUACGGAGAGAGCCCGCACCUGUGGACGUUUCUCGAAGGUUGCAAGAACCUUCGCGCGAUGGAACUUGUUGUCCAGCGCGGGAUGAAGCACUGUGUGCCGUACGAGAAACUACUGAACCCAUUGCAACCAGCUCAGAUUGGUCCGAAUCUCGGCUUGUUGUCAUACACUGGCUGCGGGUUGACGGCCCCCUCAGGAAUCUCACCCGGGGACAGGCCCAAUAUUGUAGAGGAUAAGUUAAAGGGUGGCAGCAAAGGGGUUAAAGUGGGUGCCCAGUGCGGGAUUUGA